UCGAAUUUGAGUCUCAGUUCACUGGUCCAGUUUUAUGGUGAAGGUCCAAACAAUGAUUCUUUGAAACAUGUAUUUCUACUCACUACAAACGCUCUUAAUAAGCUGACGCUCAAUAUGUCAAACUAUACCCUGCCAGUGAAUGGUGGACUGCUUCCCGAUAGCAGUAGUUGUCCAGCUGAUUGCUUAACGAGCUUAACAGCGUAUAUGAACGAGAAAGAAAAGACUGUGGUAAUGUUGCGUCCGACAGAUGUGGUAAACUUUCCCGGCUUUUCUAUUAUGGGUAUUGAUGCGAUAUACUGCACAACAAACGAAGGAUACUGUGGAGCAAAUGUGCCUGUCUACCUCUAUCAUUCCGCUACAGACAAAGACUACUACAUUGGACUUGCAUCUGAGAAUCGCUCAAAUUAUGCUGUCCAGAAUUCGGGGAAGCCACAUUGUUUUAUGUGGUCGAAUGUCAAGCAAGAGAAGCAGACUAAGAAGGUCCUCCAGAUUCUGGCCUAUUGCUCUCGCUGGCGUUGUCUUGCUUGGAGCCGUGGUGCUCACUGUGGUGAGUCGGAACUUUGUUCGCUUCCCGGAAACGUUUGCCAGCAUCGUGUCCGAAGCUGUGGUCAUUUGUUAGUAAUCCCUGCAACAGCUGUAUGUGAUAUGAUUUCUGGUAGAGGAGUUUGA